UUAAUCGAUUAAUCCUUUUCCUCGUUACUUUCCUCUCUCAGAGACAAACAGGAGACAGAAACGGAAGGGAAACAGUGAGUGCGGGCGAGAGGGCUCCGGAGAAAAAAGGCUAUAGAGAGAUGUCUCUGGUAGACUAUGCUUCCUCUUCAGACGAAGACGAAGAGGCUGAGCCCAUACAAGAACAACAACUCCAUUCCCAAGUUCCUCUAGCUCCAAAUCCCGAUCCUCCACUUCCUCAAACCCAAUCAUCAGCGUCAGCAUCAGAUCAACAGCCAGAAAUUGCUUCCAGUUCAUCAGUGCCUUCUAUUGAAAAACUUCCUGAUGCCUCGUUCCUAUUGAAUUCACCUGCUAUCUCAUCCCAUCUACUUAGUGGCUAUGAUCACUCUUCUCGAGUUGCAGCUGCUAUGGCUGAAAGUGCUUCACGCAAGAGAGAAGCAAAGGGAUUUUCUUCCUCUCUUCCCCGCAGUAAAGUUCCUAAAGGAACCUUGCCUCAUUCAAGAAAUGUUCCAGAUACUGUGGGGGGUCUGCUAGUACCACCUCAGCUUAAGGGAAAGAGCAAUGUUGUCACAGAAGAUCUGAGCAAGCUCUUUGUGAAAAAGCCUGUUGGCUCCUCAUCUCAGUAGCAGUUCUUCAUGGUUUGAGGAAGAUGGCGGAAGGAAAGAGAAGGAGAUGAAGGCUAAGAAAGGGAAAUGGAUGUGUUUAAUAUUACUCUUUUUUUUUUUUAAUCAUAAAUUAAUAAAAUUGUGAAAAUAUCCUUGUCUUCUCCCUCUCACCCAAGACUCUCAACAACUAUAAAGAUUGGUUUGAUUUGGUUAUGAAAAUCAA